AUGCACGAAAUAUCACCCGCGGCUGCAGGAUUUCAGAAAGAGGCGCGGGCCGAACCCAAGGACAAGAUAUGCGACUGCCACUCUUCCUCCGGAAGAAAUCUGGUGGUCUGCAUCGACGGUACCGCCAAUCAGUUCGGGCUCAAGAACACGAACGUCGUCGAGCUUUUCAGCCGACUGGAGAAGAACAAGCAGCAGCUGACGUACUACAACAGCGGCAUCGGCACUUUCGUCAAAGAAUCCUGGACGUCGCCUGGGUACUGGCGUCAGGUCUUCAACCAUACGGUUGACAUGGCUAUAGCUUGGAACUUCAAGCGCAUCGUCCUUGACGCGUAUCGGUGGUUGUCGGAGGUAUACGAGGAGGGCGAUCGAAUCUUUCUCUUCGGUUUCUCGCGUGGUGCAUACCAAAUUCGUGUUAUCGCAGGGAUGAUAGAGAAGGUGGGGUUACUUCACAAGGGCAACAAUGCCCAGAUCCCAUUCGCGUACGAGGUCUACAUUGCGAUGACCGCUGUUGGAAAGCGCAGUGGACGCAAGAAAGGUACAGGCAGCACGACGUCGACGGCUGGACAUCGGCAUCCGAAGAUCACACCGAAGGACCCUGACUACCCGGAAAAGCUGUGCGCCAACUUCAAGGGGAAGCUAUCGCUAGCUGAUGUAAAGGUUCACUUUGUCGGCGCGUGGGACACUGUCUCUUCCAUCGGCGUGGCACGAGGACCGAGUCUUCCGGAAACGACCAACGGCAUGACGCAUGUUUGUGUCUUCCGGCACGCUUUGGCUCUUGACGAGCUCCGCGUCAAAUUUCUGCCCGAAUACGCAAACGGCGGCGCGGGUCCUUCCCAGGGUAAAGAAGGGGCACAGACCACAUCGAACGUACCGGCAAACUCGAGUCAACCCGGACCACGGGGCGACAUCAAGGAAGUGUGGUUUGCGGGAUCCCACUCAGAUGUUGGCGGGGGUAAUAUUCCAAACCUCGAGGCCGAUCAAUUCGGAGCGGCGCUUCGUUGGAUGACGUACGAAGCGACAAGUAAGGGUCUGCGAGUGCGCCCCUUUGAUGGAACAUGGCAACCGUUUCGCCCCAAUCCGUCCAUGUCAUUCAUAUGGAGAAUCGUGGAGUUGAUCCCUUUAAGACGGCUCACGUAUCAGGAUCGACCUCAAGGGAGUUCAGACGAUACACAGCGGUGGCCACCUCAUCUGUCAUCGCCUCGAAGAGUCCUGGAUGGUCAGCUGGUCCACGAGUCUGUGUUUGAGCUGAAGGAUUACAAGCCCCGCGCUCGCCUCUCUGGGCAAUUAUCCUGGGAUAAAAGCGUGCUGCGGGAUAAGGGAAUGCUCGAAACCGAUCCCUACUUAUCCAUGGAGGCUUUGGUAGAACAACUGGCCAAACAGGAGCCUCUCACGAACCAAAAUCGCGACGUCCUCGUUGCCAUGGCUUCAUGGGUCAUGGAUGUGCCGAAUAUUGCUAACAGACUGUUCGACGCGUUUGAUGCCACAAGACAACGAAGCUCUAUGAAGGCAGAGGACCGUAGAUCACUCGAACGCGACAUCGUCUUGGCUCUGGGUUCGUUCCCCUACCUCCCAAGAGAUGCUACCCGCCGUCCGAUCUCCGAGCUGCGUGAAAUGCUGUCGGGCGUAGAUAAGCAAGCACCAGGUAUCCGUCGAGCGGUUUCGAACAUAACUCAGGUAUUUGGAGACCGUGACGCGUUUGUACUAUCUGUAGCCUUUUCUCCGGAUGGCACACGGAUUGCUUCGGGCUCCUGGGAUUGGACGAUCCGAAUCUGGGCGGCGGAUACCGGAAAGGAAAUCCUAGAGCCAAUUUGGUGGCACGCAGCUCCGGUCACGUCUGUCGCAUUCUCCCCAAACGGAGGAUGUCUUGCCUCAGGCUCGUAUGACUGCACCGUGCGACUGUGGAACGUGGAGACGGGGCAGCAGAUCGGGGAGCCGCUCCGAGGGCAUACAGACGCAGUUCUGAGUGUCGCGUUCUCACCCGACGGCAACCGCAUCGUCUCGGGCUCAGACGACAGGACACUCCGACUCUGGGAUGCGCAGACGAGACAGCCCAUCGGCAAGCGUUUACGGGGUCACUCUGACUGGGUUCACAGCGUCGUCUUUUCACCGGAUGGGAAGCACAUCGCCUCUGCAUCCGAUGAAGGCACGAUCCGACUCUGGGACGCCGGGACAGGGAAACCAGUCGGGGAUCCGCUUCAAGGCCACGAUGACUGGGUUCAGUCCGUUGCAUAUUCUCCCGAUGGCACUCGCCUCGUCUCUGCGUCCAGCGACAAAACACUCCGGAUCUGGGACACUCGGACGGGAAAGACGGUGUUAGGCCCUUUGCGAGGGCACACCAACUAUGUCAUCUCCGUCGCAUUCUCGCCGGAUGGCAAGUACGUCGUCUCCGGCUCUCGCGACUGCACUAUCCGGAUAUGGGACGCGCAGACGGGACAGACCGUGGUGGGGCCGUUGAAAGCGCAUACGGACUGGGUGAAUGCCGUUGCGUUCUCCCCCGACGGAAAGCGCGUUGUCUCAGGUAGUUACGACGAUAGGGUGAAGAUUUGGGACGCGGAGGUUGAUUAG